AUGGAAAGAAGACUACUAAAGAAGGAAAUGAAAAAACUCCUGGGAGAUUAUAUUGGCAUCAGACUUCGGGAAAAUGAAUUUGACCCAAAAGGAAGAAGGCAACUCACGUUUCUAGAUGAUAUGGCACACUAUGACUUGGCCAUCAGUGUUGCUUUGCAGUGGCUGGAUCACUCAGAAGACUUAACUUGGCUGGAGUGGAAGAAAGUGAAAAUGCCAUUUCGGGGUAGACCCAUAUAUCCAAACCACAGAGAACGAGAAGCAAUGAUUUUAUCAUCUUAUGCUGGAAUCUUAAUGAACAGUAUCCCAAUUGAGGAAGUCUUUAAAAUUUAUGGGGCUGAUUCUUCUACCAAUUCUGGUGCUACCAAGGUUCCCAGAGCUCCACCCUUCCACCUCUCCUUGCACCCUUUUGCCAUGUUAACAGCACCCAAAGCAGCAGAAUAUGCCCGCAAACAGAGUGUCAAGUUAAGAAGGGGAGCAACGAAUCAAAAUGCCACCAGCAGCUCUACAAAGGAAGCAAAUGUCACAGAAUGGAAACCAUAA